UCUCUCUCUCUCUCUCUCUCUCUCCCUCACGUCGUUUUUAGUCUUUUUAAAACCCGUAGCGCACUCACCAUUCUUUUCUCCUCUCUAUCUAUAUGUGUAGUGAAAAACAUUAACAACAAAGUCCCAAAUUCUGUUCUUCAUUCUCACUCCGUUACAAAUCAAAAACAUUAUCGGGAAGCGAAGCCCCCAAAUUCCAACCGUGUUUCCUUGUUUUCCGCUUUUGGUGGUUGAAUUUGUAACCGAUAGAAACAGAAGAGAAGAAAUGUGUGAAUAUUAAAGCAUUAGAAUCGAUAAAAUUAGGUGUUAUGGCAGGUAAUUGUAGUUCGGAGGGAUUAGGUGACGAUUUCUUCGAGCAGAUCUUAGCAGUACCUGAGAGCGGAUAUGGGAGGAAUAACAAUAAUAGUAGUAAUAGAGGUAUAGUAGUAGAUGAUCAUGUGUUACAAUUGGGGUCCACAACAAAUUUGAGAAGUGGAGGAAUGCAAUUACCAUUGGGUUUGAAUUUGGAGCAAAGUCAUCAUGGUUUUCUAAGGCACCAAGACACAACACGCUUUGUUGAAAACGUUGUUGAUGUUGAGGGCAACAUUACCAAUAACAACAACCAUCACCGACACCUCCGUCUCCAUGACAUCAAUACCACUUCUAAUUCCUCACCCUCUUCUACUCUACAUCUGGAUAGAGAUUCGAUGCAUAUGAGGGGUUUGUUUUCAACGUUUGGACAAUUGCAUACUCCUACUCAUGCUCAACCUGUUCGCCCAAUGCUCCCAUCUCCACCACCUCAACCCCAACUCCACCUUCACCAUCAACAACACCAACAGCAGUUUCAGAGCCAGGCACCAAAUCCAACGUCUGUUGCUGCCAUGCCACAACCACCAGGCAUCCGCCCUCGAGUGCGAGCAAGAAGAGGGCAAGCCACAGACCCCCACAGCAUCGCCGAGCGGUUACGUCGCGAAAGAAUUGCUGAAAGAAUGAAGGCAUUGCAGGAAUUAGUCCCCAGCAUCAACAAGACGGACAAAGCAGCUAUGCUUGAUGAAAUUGUUGAUUAUGUCAAGUUCCUAAGGCUUCAGGUUAAGGUCUUGAGCAUGAGUAGACUUGGUGGAGCUGGUGCAGUUGCUCAACUUGUAGCUGAUGUUCCUGUUUCUGCAGUAGAGGGGGAGGACGUAGAAGGUGGAGCCAACCAGCAAGCUUGGACCAAGUGGUCCAACGAUGGCACUGAACAACAAGUUGCUAAACUAAUGGAAGAAGAUGUUGGUGCAGCUAUGCAACUUCUUCAAUCAAAGGCACUUUGUAUCAUGCCUAUAUCUCUAGCCUCAGCAAUUUUUCGUAUGCCUCAAUCAGAUUCAUCAACAAUCAUCAAGCCUGAAUCAAACAAUCACUCAUAGAAGAAUAUGUUACUCCUAGCUAACAAAAAUAAUUAUCACCAUAGACUUAACAUAAAUUUGCUCCAAUUAUCCGUCCUUUAUCAUAAGGUUAUUAUUAUAUUAUAUAUUUUAUAGUAUAAUUUCUUCAUUAGAUGGAGAGUUAUCCACUAGCCACUAUCCAGCAUUUUUAAUUUUAUUUUUUUCUUCAAGUUUUGUCAAACUAGGAUAAUUAAUGUCAUUGCUAAUAAUAUGUAAAAUUUGAGGAGCCCAGCAUGUCAAUGUCAUGGUGAAAAAUCAAAUAUUUUCAAUCACUCUAUUGAUGUUUUUUGUCCUAAAUAUUUAUGGUGGGGUUGGUGGUGGAUGACCAAAAUAUUUGUAGUGGAAGCUCUUUUUCUUCGUUUUUAUUUUUUUGAGUUAGUGGAAAGUGGGGUCAUUUAAAAGGAAUGAUAAGUUUGUAAUGUAUGAUGUAUUUGGAGAAAUUUUAAUGCAAGUUGAAUUAAAA